GUUUUUUUUCUAUUGCAACUUGUUAAUAGAACAAACCUUCCGCUUUUAUCAAACCGUACUUAGCAGACCACAUAACUGCACUACUAAACGAGCUUCUUUCUCUCAUAUAUUGGUAAAGAGUAUCAUUGAUUUGGUAUGAUAAAACGUACUUUUAUACAUGUUUUUGAAAGUAAAAACUUAAUAAAACAUCUGACAAGAAUAGAAAGGAUGAUAAGAUGUCAUAUAAAUGAAUGAAAAAGGACACCAAUAUCAUCAGAAUACUAAUCUGGUUUUAUGGGUGUGAAUCUUUCCCUCUUUUUCUUUUCUCUUGAUGUCUUUUUGUUGUAUAGUGGUGUUGUAGUUGUACUCUUUUACUAGUCUUGUUCUAGGGUUUUGCUUUGCUCAAUGUGAAAAGGACUUGUCUUUUUCUCCACUAAAAGCCAUUUCGGUGUGCUCUUUUUACUUCAAAGAGUCGACCUUUCUUUACAGGAGAGCAAAAUACGAAAAGGGUAUUUCUUGUUCAAACAAAGAAAUGUCUGCAGAGACUGGCGUAACUUUCCCUUACUUUCAAAGUUUCUCACCUGAUGUUCAACAAUUCGAUGAUCUCUGUUACUCCCACAAAUCCAAUUCGUGCUUGGGGAGUGUGGUUCAGAGCUCUGUUAUAUCAGAUUUCGAUUUUGGGGGUGAAGGGGAUCUUUUCAAAGCACAGGAACCGAUGAUCGAGCAACCAUUGGUUACUGUUGACGCUAUGUCGGCGAUCACUUGUGCAGAAGACGACCUUUCUUCACAAGAACUCAGUGUAACAGAUAUCCAGUCGUUUCAAAACGAUGCAUCUCUGAAUGAAAUUUUCCAUGAAUUCAAAGAAAUCUUGGCAAAAGAAGCAACCGAAACUUCACCGCUUUCAGAGGUCUUGAACUAUAAAUUCACAGUUAGAACAGACGAAAUCCCGAUUGUGAAAGAAACCGUGCAUCCACCUGGACAGAUCGUGAAAAGUGUGAGCUCAGAUUGUUUAAGCUCGAUGGAAUGGAUUCAGCCUGGUGUUUUGAACACUAUGGAAGUGAACUUUGCAAAUGUUUAUGGGAUGCGAAGGGCGUUCAGUGAAGGAGACAUAAAGACUCUUGAUAAUGGCAAUGGAAGCCAUAGACAGCCACAUCUCAUGAGUGAACACACCAUGGAAGACCGUUGGCAGAAGCUCUCAAGAUACAGAAACAAGAAGACAAAGAGGAAUUUCGGUAGAAAAAUCAAGUAUGCAUGCAGAAAGGCAUUGGCAGACAGUCAACCAAGGAUCAGGGGAAGGUUUGCCAAGACAGAAGAAACUGAAAUCUUGAGAAAGUUUUAAUGUAGAAAAUGUAAAGGAGGAGAUGUAGCCAACCUGGUCAAAGUCAAAGCAGGUUUUGUUAAAUAAGCUUCUAUUUUAGUUUAAUUGUAUGUUGUUAUUAGAUUAGUUUCUUGUAUAUCCCAAAUGUUAAACCCCGACUAGUUCGUCAUAUUCUCUUUACAAAUUAGACUAGAACUAAAAGUACGUAUGUUGUUAUGUAUAUAUGUGAUCUAAAUGUUAAAUUUUCACCUUUUAAUAAAGAGGUAUGUAAUUUUGGGAGUAAUAAAAGCAAGUAUAUUGAUAGUGAAAGGUGAUGAUUUGAGUUGCAUUGAUUAUCAUCCAGAUAUUUUACUUGGAAUAAUUUAUCAGCAUCUAUGAUGUAUAUGAGGAAUGUUAGAUGAGGAGGUUUGAGGAUUAAUAAAGAACAUCAUAGAUGAUGAUAUAAUUAUUCCAAGUAAAAUAUCUGGAUGAUAAUCAUGUAUAUGCUUAAGGAAC